AAUAUAUUUACUCUACCGUUGAUGGCUCUGCCGUCUGCACGCAUUUUCAGACCAGUCACUUACUCCUGUCGAUACCUACGCAGUCCCUCGUUCCCACGUCCUUGUUGGGGUCCCCCGCCCACGACUCGCAGAUUCACCACCAUGCCCUCGCAGGCCGCCUUACUGAUCGGAAAAAUCACCCAUGCCCGCAAGGAAUGGGAAGCGCUCUCGUCGAUAUUGACUCUGAAGGUAGGCGAUAAAACAGCUAUCCCUGCCAUUUUAUGUGUUCUCGCGAUUAACGCGCUGUUUGUCGAAUUGCUAGGAAUUCCCCGACGGGACGCGAGAAGAAUUCCUCGAGAAUUGCAGAAGCGGCAAAUACGAUGA